CCUCCUCCUCCUGCCGGGCUCUCCCCUCCCUCUCCUGCGCUCGGCGCGCCGGGGGAGGCUGCGGAGUUGGGCGUGUGCCGGGGAGUUUUCGGAGCGUGUUCGGGACCGAAUUGGGGAGUUUUCGGAGCGUGUUCGGGACCGAAUUGUGGAGUUUUCGGAGCGGAGCAUGGCUGAGCAGCCCGGAGCGCCCGGCCCGCGGCUGCAGCGCGGGGCUGCGGCGGGCGAGGCGCGGCGCUGAGCGAACCCCCCGAACCCCCGGGACCCCCGAACCCCCGGGACCCCCCGAACCCCCGAACCCCCGGGACCCCCGAACCCGCCGGCAUGGCCCGCUGGAUCCCCACCAAGCGCGAGAAGUACGGGGUCGCCAUCUACAACUACGAGGCCGUGCAGGACGUGGAGCUGUCCCUGCAGGUGGGGGACACAGUUCACAUCCUGGAGAUGUACGAAGGCUGGUACCGAGGAUACACACUCCGGAAUAAAUCCAAGAAGGGCAUUUUCCCAGAAACUUACAUCCAUUUAAAAGAGGCCAUCGUGAAGGACCGGGGGCAGCACGAGACGGUGAUUCCCAGCGAGCUGCCCCUGGGCCAGGAGCUGACGGCCACGCUGAGGGAGUGGGCAGUGAUCUGGCACAAGCUCUACGUGAACAACAAAACCACGCAGUUCAGGCACGUCCAGCAGCUCACCUACAGCCUGAUAGAGUGGAGAUCCCAAAUCCUCUCCGGGACCCUGCCCAAGGAUGAACUGGCUGAGCUCAAGAAAAAAGUCACUGCCAAGAUUGAUUAUGGCAACAGGAUCCUGGGUCUGGACCUGGUUGUCCGAGAUGACAAUGGGAACAUCCUGGACCCCGAUGAGACCAGCACCAUCUCCCUCUUCAAGGCCCAUGAAACUGCAUCCAAGAGGAUUGACGAGAGGAUCCAGGAGGAGAAGUCCCUGCAGCAGAGUUUGGACCUCAGGGGACAGCCAAUAUUCAACUCCACACACACUUACAGCCUCUAUGUGAACUUCAAGAACUUUGUCUGCAACAUUGGGGAAGAUGCAGAGCUGCUGAUGAGCCUCUAUGACCCUGACCUCUCCAAAUUCAUCAGUGAAAAUUACCUGGUUCGCUGGGGCAGCAAUGGGAUGCCUAAAGAAAUUGAGAAACUGAACAACCUCCAAGCUGUGUUUACUGACUUGAGCAGCUCUGACCUGAUCAGGCCCAGGAUCAGCCUGGUGUGCCAGAUCGUGCGGGUGGGGCACAUGGAGCUGAAGGAUGGCAAGAAGCACACCUGGGGGCUCCGCAGGCCCUUCGGCGUGGCAGUGAUGGACAUCACGGACAUCAUCCAUGGCAAGGUGGACGACGAGGAGAAGCAGCAUUUUAUCCCCUUCCAGCAGAUUGCCAUGGAAACCUACAUCAGGCAGCGGCAGCUGAUCAUGUCCCCCCUGAUCGCCUCGCACGUCAUCGGCGAGAACGAGCCCCUCACCUCCGUCUUCAACAAAGUCAUCGCUGCCAAGGAGGUCAACCACAAGGGCCAAGGUCUCUGGGUGUCCCUGAAGCUGCUCCCUGGGGAUCUGGCUCAGGUUCAGAAGGAUUUUUCUCACCUUGUAGACAGAUCCACUGCAGUGGCUCGGAAAAUGGGUUUCCCUGAGAUCAUCCUUCCCGGUGACGUCCGCAAUGACAUCUACGUCACCCUGAUCCAGGGGGAAUUUGACAAAGGCAAGAAGAAAACCCCCAAGAACGUCGAGGUCACCAUGUCUGUGCACGACGAGGACGGGAACCUGCAGGAGAAAGCCAUCCACCCCGGGGCUGGCUACGAGGGAGUCUCGGAGUACAAGUCUGUGGUUUAUUACCAGGUCAAGCAGCCCUGCUGGUACGAGACGGUCAAGGUGGCCAUUGCCAUAGAAGAAGUCAGUCGCUGCCACCUGAGGUUCACGUUCCGCCACCGCUCCUCCCAGGAAUCCAGGGAUAGAUCUGAGAGAGCUUUUGGCAUGGGCUUUGUGAAGCUGAUGAAUGCAGAUGGAACGACGCUGCAGGAUGGCAAACACAAUUUGAUUAUUUACAAGGGUGACAACAAGAAGAUGGAAGAUGCCAAGAGUUAUUUGACUCUUCCUUGCACCAAAACGGAGAUGGAGGAGAAGGAGGCUCCCUCAGGGAAAAACCUGCACGCUCUGGCCAGCUUCACCCCCACCAAGGACAGCACAAAGGACAGCUUCCAGAUCGCCACUGUCAUCUGCUCCACCAAACUCACCCAGAAUGUUGACCUGCUGGGUUUGCUGAACUGGCGCUCCAACGCCCACAACAUCGCCCACAACCUCAGGAAGCUCAUGGAGGUGGAAGGAGGAGAAAUCGUGAAGUUUUUGCCAGACACCCUCGAUGCACUUUUCAACAUCAUGAUGGAAAUGUCAGAAAAUGAAACCUAUGAUUUCCUGGUGUUUGAUGCGCUGGUAUUUAUUAUUUCUUUGAUUGGAGACAUCAAGUUCCAGCAUUUCAACACUGUGCUUGAGACUUAUAUUUACAAACACUUCAGUGCAACCCUGGCCUACGUGAAACUCACCAAAGUCCUGAACUGCUACGUGGGGAAUGCUGAGGACUCCAGCAAGACAGAGCUGCUCUUUGCAGCCCUGAAGGCCCUGAAAUACCUGUUCAGGUUCAUCGUGCAGUCACGGGUCUUGUACCUGAGUGUUUAUGGGAAGAGUGAGGAUGGGAAUGAAUUCAAUGAUGCAAUUCGCCAACUGUUCCUCUCCUUCAAUGUCCUCAUGGACCGGCCCCUGGAGGAGGCUGUCAAGAUCAAGGGGGCAGCUUUAAAAUAUUUGCCCAGCAUCAUAAAUGAUGUCAAGCUGGUAUUUGACCCCGUUGAGCUCAGUGUCCUCUUCAGCAAGUUCAUCCAGAGCAUCCCUGACAACCAGCUGGUCCGGCAGAAGCUGAACUGCCUGACCAAGAUCGUGGAGAGUGACCUGUUCAAGCAGGCUGAGUGCAGAGAUGCCCUCCUGCCCCUGCUCAUCGAUCAGCUGAGUGGGCAGCUGGAUGACAACUCCAGCAAGCCCGACCACGAGGCCAGCUCCCAGCUCCUGAGCAGUGUCCUGGAGGUCCUGGACCGCAAAGAUGUGGGUGCCACUGCUCUGCACAUCCAGCUGAUGAUGGAGCGGCUGCUGCGCCGGGUCAACCGCACCGUGAUCGGGAUGAGCCGCCAGUCCCCGCACAUCGGUAUUUUCGUGGCCUGCAUGACAGCCAUCCUGAGGCAGAUGGAUGAUUUCCACUACAGCCAUUACAUCAACACCUUCAAAACCAGGCAGGACAUCAUUGAUUUCCUGAUGGAAACAUUCAUUAUGUUCAAGGAUUUGAUUGGGAAAAACGUCUAUGCAGCUGACUGGAUGGUGAUGAACAUGAUGCAGAGCAGGGUUUUCCUCCGGGCAGUGAACCAAUUCACCUCCGUCCUCAACCGCUUCUUCCUGGAUCAAGCUAAUUUUGAACUCCAGCUCUGGAAUAAUUAUUUCCAUUUGGCCGUGGCCUUCCUCACUCACGAGUCCCUCCAACUGGAGACCUUCUCCCAGGCCAAACGCAACAAAAUCAUCAAGAAGUAUGGGGACAUGAGGAAAGAAAUUGGCUUCAAAAUCAGGGAUAUGUGGUAUAACCUGGGUCCCCACAAAAUAAAAUUCAUCCCAGCAAUGGUGGGGCCAAUCCUGGAGGUGACCCUGGUCCCAGAGCCUGAGCUGAGGAAAGCAACAAUUCCCAUUUUUUUUGACAUGAUGCAGUGUGAGUUCAACUUCAGUGGGAACGGGAAUUUCCACAUGUUUGAAAACGAGCUGAUCACCAGGCUGGACCAGGAGGUGGAGGGGGGCCGAGGGGAUGAGCAGUACAAGAUCCUGCUGGAGAAACUGCUGCUGGAGCACUGCAGGAAGCACAAGUACCUGUCAGCCCCGGGAGAGGUGUUUGCCCUGCUGGUCAGCAGCCUCCUGGAGAACCUGCUGGACUACAGGACCAUCAUGCAUGAUGAGAGCAAGGAGAACCGCAUGAGCUGCACCGUCAACGUGCUGAAUUUUUACAAGGAGAAGAAGCGAGAGGACAUUUACAUCAGGUAUCUGUACAAGCUCAGGGACCUGCACACAGACUGUGAGAACUUCACAGAGGCUGCCUACACCCUGCUGCUGCACGCUGAGCUGCUCCAGUGGUCAGAGAAGCCCUGUGUGCCUCACCUGCUGCAGAGGGACUCCUACUGCGUGUACUCCCAGCAGGAGCUCAAGGAGAAGCUCUACCAGGAGAUCAUCUCCUUCUUCGACAGGGGCAAGAUGUGGGAAAAAGCCAUUCAGCUGAGCAAGGAGCUGGCUGACAUGUAUGAAAACAAGGUCUUUGACUACGAGGGACUUGGUAAUCUCCUGAAAAAAAGAGCUACUUUCUAUGAGAACAUCAUGAAGGCCAUGAGACCUCAGCCUGAGUACUUUGCUGUUGGGUACUAUGGACAGGGUUUUCCCUCUUUCCUGAGGAAUAAGGUUUUCAUCUACCGUGGCAAAGAGUACGAGCGGAGGGAGGAUUUUAACCUGAAGCUGCUGACCCAGUUCCCCAGUGCUGAGAAGAUGACCAGCACAGCCCCUCCAGCAGAGGAGAUCAAGGCUUCCCCCAGACAGUAUGUGCAAUGCUUCAUUGUGAAGCCUGUGAUGAACCUGCCACCUAAUUACAAAGACAAACCUGUUCCUGAGCAGAUCUUAAACUACUACAGAGCCAACGAGGUGCAGCAAUUCACUCACUCCAGACCUGUCAGGAAAGGAGAGAAAGAUCCAGACAACGAGUUUGCUAACAUGUGGAUAGAAAGGACAACCUACACGACAGCUUAUUCCUUUCCAGGCAUCCUCAAGUGGUUUGAGGUCAAACAGGUCACAACGGAGGAGAUCAGCCCCCUGGAGAACGCCAUAGAAACCAUGGAGCUGACCAAUGAGAAGAUCACCAACAUUGUGCAGCAGCACACGUGGGACCGCAGCCUGCCCGUGCACCCCCUGUCCAUGCUGCUCAACGGCAUCGUGGACCCCGCCGUCAUGGGGGGCUACACCAACUAUGAAAAGGCCUUCUUCACAGAGAAAUAUCUCCAAGAACAUCCUGAAGAUCAAGAAAAAAUUGAGCUGCUCAAGCAACAAAUUGCUAUACAGAUGCCUCUCCUGGCAGAGGGGAUCCGCAUCCACGGCGAGAAGCUGACGGAGCAGCUGAAGCCCCUGCACGAGAGGCUCACAGCCUGCUUCAGGGAGCUCAGGAGGAAGGUGGAGAAGCAGUACGGGGUCAUAACUCUGCCCCCGGUGCUGACCGAGAGGAAGCCCAGCAGGUCGGGCUCGGUGGUGCUGCCCUACAUCAUGUCCUCCACCCUCAGGAGGCUCUCGGUCACCUCCGUGGCCUCGUCCGUGGCCUCCACCUCGUCCACCUCGUCCGACAGCGCUUCCUCCAGGCCGGGCUCCGACGGAUCUACCCUGGAGCCUCUCUUGGAGAGGAGAAUAUCCACAUCUUCCAGAGCUGAGGAGCUGCCUGUGAAAGACGACGGUGACAACAGGAUUAGCAAACUCAAGAGGAAGGAGUGGAGCAUUAGCAAGUCUCAGGUUAUUGUGGAGAAGGAGCCAGAAACAGAACUGACUUCCAAAAUGCAGGGCACGGCAGGGAAGGCGCAGAGGCCCAAGAGUCUGCAGCUGGGAGAGAACAGGCUGACCCUGCUCCAGGGCUCCUCGCUGCAGCAAUGCACCCGCAGCCCUCCCCCCAUCACCCCCAAAACCCCCCGCACCCAGAGCUCCCCAUCCUUGCAGGCUGAUGGAUUGGCCACACCACCCCCCCCUCCACCCAAAAACAAACCCUACGAGAGCAGCACCCCCAGGAACUCCGUGGAGGUUGCUCCACCACUGCCCAGCAGACGUGAGGCCAAACCUCCCCCUCCACCCCCCAAAACCAGGAAAUCCAGCGUGGUGUCCUCGGAGCAGCACUGAGGAUUUGGGGUCACAGAGGCCCAGCCUGCAGUGGCUGCUUUAUUCCCAGCCAGCCUGGGAUCAUUUCCCCUGCCCCUGCACCCCUUCCCCUGCACUUUUCCUGGGAAACAGCACCAAGGAAACGUUGUUGGGCCUGGAUUCCCAACGUCUCCCUACUGGAAUUCUCCCUCCUGCUCUUGUCUGCCCUGAGUUUGUCACUGCUGCCAUCCCAGCAGCUCCUGCCCAGUGGAACUGGGAAUCCUGGGCUGAUCUCACUGGUGGUAUCUCUGCAGGGCGCUGGAGUUUCCUGCCUGGCUCAGGGUCUCUGCUUGUGCUUGGUUUGGAGCAAGAUUCAUUUUGUGCUUUUUAAUGAGGUGGGAAAAAUCCCUCCUGCGAAUGUUUGAGAUGACAGAAGCUGCACUUUUGCCAGGGCUGGGCUGGUACCACCUGCACUGAUACCAGGGCUCUACUGUACCAGUUCCAUAAACAGCUUGUGGCCUGUUUAUUUAUCAUCAGUAUUGAUGAAGAUUUUGCAUUCUCUUCCAGGAAUUUUUUUUUUUUUGUUGUUGUUCAUUCUCUCAUUUUGCUUCUGAUUAUCUUGAAGAAGUUGGGAAGAGCCACUAAAACCCUGCUGAGGGUGUUGCUCAACAGCAGGAAAUACAAUUAUUGUUGGGCUGGGGGUUCACGGGCCAUUAUUGUGCUGCCCUGACUGAAAUGGGUUUCUGACCUUACUGAAAAACCAAAGUUUGUUCAACCUAAUGAAAAGUUUCCUCAGCAAAGGCUUUUUCAGGGAAAAAAAAACAAACCAAACAAAACCCAACCCAACAAAAACCACCCACAGGAGGGUUUUGCUCAGACUGAAGUUGUCAUUUUCAUUUGUUCUUCCCACUUCCUUUGACAUCAGGGUGACUGCAGGAGCUGCUGUGCUGCCUGCCCAGCUCUAAAAGCAGAUUUUCUUCAUCCCAGAGUCAUCCCCGAUUCCAUCACCUCCAGCUGGGAGCUGCUGAGGAGGUGGCACUGCAGUCACAUCCCAUCCAUCCCCAGCCUGACUGCUGCAGCACUUCCAGCUGCCUCCGGGGAAAUCUUGGGAAUCUUCCUGGACACCCUGGCCAGCUUUUCCCCUCUCUGGGGCAUGGUGGGACGUGUCAGCUCCUCGUUGUGUUCUUGGACACAGACACUGCUUGACUGGAAAACCGCUGGGUUUUCUUUUCUUUCCAUUUGCUGGGCACUCUCCUUCCUGUCCUGCUGUGCUCACACCAACCCUGGAUCCUCUGAAAGUUCACUUCCAGAGCAGCUUUUUGUCUGGGCUGACAAUUCUGCUUCAGGCAGAACAACAGGAUGUGGGCUGAGCUGUCUGAAGUGCAUUUUAACAGCACCUAUUGUUAAUUCAGUGCCUUUCCCACUCUGCUCUGCCUCAGUCCUGGGUGCUUUUCAGAGCAGGUCGGGUUUAAUCCUUGAGUGAACCUGCAGGAGGCUGAGUGGAUCCCAGCAAUGGUUUGGGCAAACAGACUGAGCUGCCAGGUUUGGGUGUUUUGGUUCUAAGUGACUUUGAAUUCCUCUUUUCCAGCCUUUUUGUUCUGCUUUAACAACCUUAGCUACCUUCUGCAUCCAGGUUUUUCCUGGAGAAGGAAACCUCCAUGAAAAAACACUCACAGGAGAAGGUCUGGCCUUGGGAAGAAUUUUCAGUAGAUCUUUAACAAGCUUUUUGCUCUUUUACUUGGGGAGGUUUGGCUCUGGCUGCAUUUUUUGCAGUUACAGAGCAGGAUUUUGAACAGAAUCCUUGGCGUGUUGAUGGUGAAUUAUCCCUCCCUUCCUUCCCUUCCUUGGGCAGUGCAGCUGCCAGGGGUGAGGACAGUUCUUCAGCUCUGCCCUGCCUUGAAAUUGUUCCUCUCACCUUAAAGCUCACCUGGGUUUGCUGCUCACAAGGUCAGGCUUCUCCUCUCCCUCCCUGUGCCUGCCCAGUUGGGCACUGGGACGGGCACCCUCUGAACUGGGAGGAGGGCAGCAGCUGACACCAAAGAGCUCAGAACAAGUUUUCCCUUCCCAGGACAUUUUGGGCAUUUUCACUGGCAAAUUUGCCAGAAAUGGCUCUAAAUUUGCUUCUUUUUUUCCUUCAUUAUUUAUGUUCCAGAGUUUAUAAACUCCUGCUCCUUUUGGCAAUGUCCCCGAAGUGUUGUCCAGUUCUCUUACCUGGCUGAUAAAAGUUGGCAUCACUGGCUCAGAGGUGCAAGAUGGAAUUUUUGUUCUGUGCCCAAAUGAUUCACGGCUUUGGGUCAGUUUUUUGGGGAAAAAAUCAUGUAAGUGUCAGAUUUUUAAAGGCAAUUGGGCAUUUAAGUGUGUGAGGAAGAACAGAGCAUUCUAAUGAUUUUUAAAUAAGUGGAAUUAAGUGCCCACUCUUAGAAAUCUCACCAGAACUGUGAUUUUGUUUUGUGUUUUGUGUUUGCUCUUUGCUUGGGUACCUGCCUGACUUGAGUUUUUAAUUUUCAGAGGCAAUUUAAGGUUGUCUCUACCUGGUUUUUUAAACGAGGAUCAUCUCUUCAGGUUAAUGAGGUGCUUUGGGAAAUGCCUCUAAUGUGUUUUAAACUGGAGGGUUUAAAAUGGGAAUAGGAAAGUCCAUAAUGAUGAUCUCUGCACAGCACAAAUUACAGCAAUUUCUGCCCAAUUCAUGGUUUGGAAUAAAAUCUCAAAGUUAAAACAUCCAAGAGGAGACAAACCCUAAUCCCAUUUCAGAGCCAAGCUGUUCAAAGCUGCUGUGAAAUUUCAAGUCUUUGAGGAUUUCAGUUUUUCUCUUUUGGAGAAAUGUGUUCAACACUUGUUUUCUGGAGCUUUUAAUUAAAAUUUAUCAUGCUGUGAUAAAUUCCUUUAAAAAUGUGACAGGCUCUAAUCCACAUCAGGGGCAGAGGGGAGCAGCAGCUCUGCUUUGAUUUCAGUGGAUUAUUGGAUUAGGAAAGGACACAGAUUCCAGGGAGAGCAGCACUUGCAGUGACAGCACCCCAGAUUUUCCUCUCCUUAUUUAUUUUUACCAUUGUAAAUGGAAAUAAUAAUUUUAAAUCUGUAAUUUAACUAAUUUUUUUUUAUAUAGUGAAAAUAUUCCUGACCUGCUUCUGCUACCUUCUUUUGAUUAUUUUUAUUUUAAUUAAGAACUUGACUUUAUUUUGACUCUUGCAGACCAAAUCCUAUGGUGGACCAGGGUAAGCUUUUCCAAAGACUACAGCAGGGAGGAAAAAUAAACAAAUAAUGUGAUUUUCUGGCUGUUCAAAAGCACGAGGUUCACUUGAUUCUUCUCUCUGAACAUUAAUUAAAGCACUUUUAGGACAGUUUGGGCACUACAGGGGUUACUCAAAGGGUGUUCCCACCUUAACCCAUUUUUCAGGUCCAUGUGGUGCUGGUUUGUAUUUUUAGGUAGAGGUGGAAGUGCCUCAGCAGCUUCAAAUUCACCCCAAUGUACAUUUAAUUAAUUUUUCUCACUGUGGUAUUACAAAGGGUUGAUCACUCUAAACCCUGGGACGUGUUUGUUCAGGAGGGUGGACAUGAAUUCAGGACAUGAAUUGAGGAGUUUUUGUGUGUUCUGGGAUCCUGGAUUGGUGAUUCCACCACAAACCCACUUUUGCAGAGUGUAAAUAGGAUGUUUGGGGUUUUUUUUCAGUCCUUUGCAUCUAAAUCAAUAAAAAUACAGCUUUAAAGUGGCUCUGGGGAGAGCAGGAGCUGUGGGAAGGGGCUGCAGCUCCUUGGGUAAAUGCCACACGAUUCACUACAUCUGUAAAGCAAGGUGUACACAUUUCUGUGGCUUUUUAAAAUGUAACGAUGGUUGUAAAGUUUGUAAAUACAUUUUUAAAAUAAAUGUAGUUUUUAUGACUGAACCAGAAAAAAA